AUGAUGACAGAGUCUACUCUCGGCACCAUUGACUUUAAUGCCAUUCUUGAUGAAUUAGAAGCAGGUAGCAGUGGUUCUUGUGCUAAUGUUAUUCGGAAACUUCGUGAAUAUGAGGUAGCUGCUUAUGAAGCUGGACAGGGUGGACCGACUGGUGAACUGAUUGCCAACUUUAUUGCUCGACUAGAUGAACGAGUUGCAGACAGAGAGUUAGAGAUUGAGAAAACGUGCAGUCACAAUUAUGAAAGCUUUGUUGAAUCUGUUCAAGAGUUGAUGAUGAUGCAGGAGAAGGCCGAAAACCUUCAACAAACUCUUCGUCAAAUACGCUCAAGUGUGGAGUCAAGUGUUGAACAGUUAAACAAUUCCUGUGAAGCCCUUACUGAAACCCACUCUACUAUUAAUCGUAUCGAUCAAUGUAUCUCUGCGCUACGAACUUGUCUCCCCGUAAUUGAUCAAUAUGAGAAAAUUGAACGGUGCAUUAAUGAGGGUCGUUACUAUCAUGCACUGAAAUCUCUGGAGUACCUAGAGCAUUAUCAACUUAAGUCAAUUCAAGCCUACUCCUUCGCCAAGGCUCUGGCCAAACGUAUUCCCGAAUUACGAGCUGAAAUCAAGGUAAUGAUUUUCUUAAAAGCUGUUUCAUUACAUUUGGUGAAAUUGACGGCUAGUCUUGCCCAGCUUACCGAUUUCCUGGAGGAGGUUCGUAAGCACUCCACACGUCUAGGUGCAAUCGCAAUGGAGAAAGCUGCCGAAAAAACCGGGAUGAAGGAGAUUUUCGGUGAAAAUGCCAUCUCUGCGUCAGCUCUAGUUUCACACCCUCUUCCCCAACGACCCAAGACAUCGUCAGCGUCAAGGCAACCGCCGGCUAAACCCGUCAGACCGCGAACUUCUUCUGAUUGCGAUGAUUCGGGAGAUGCUGAAAGUGCUUUGCCAAUUUCCCUGCCCCAACCAAAAGUUCGCAAACAAAGUAGCGUCUUACAGUCUAAUCGAAUGAACUCGGUUUUCCGUCAACACAAUAUGCACUGGUGCGGUUGGGAUGAUGAAAAUGUACUUGAUGCUGAAUUAGAAGAACUUACCUUGGCGUCGAAAAAGCACAGUGCAUUUGAAGAUUCUGACAGUGGUGCUGGUAGUACCGGCCAUGGUGGUUCAAAGAAUAAUAUUGAAAAUCUCAUCGAUUUCGGUCCUAUCUAUCGAUGUCUGCACAUUCACAGCGUCUCUGGAGAAAGAUCAGAAUUCGAACACUACUAUUUUACUCAAAGGCGCAAGCAAUGCCAACUCAUCCUCAGUCUUUCACCCUCCCAACAGGAGGACGAAAAUCGACAGUCCAGUCUUCGAAAUUACAGUGAGUUCUUCAGUCGAGUUGUCGGUUUCUUCCUUGUGGACGACUAUCUUCGCCAUACAAUGCCUGGAGCUGCAUCAAAUGGUUCUGGUGCAGCCGCCGCGGCUUCCUACUACCAAUCUUACCUCUCUGACCUCUGGGCAUCCCUGGUUCCCCGUUUGACGCAGUUGGUGGGUCGCAAUGCCGCUGCAUGUCGAACACCGGGGGAAUUACUUAGUCUCAAGCAUUAUUGCGUCCUAUUUGAGCGCACAAUGGCCAAUUUAGGCUUCCACACUGCAGGUCUCAAUGAAAUGAUUGAAGCCGUGAGGAGGCAAUUUAGUCACCUCCUUAUUGAUCAAUGGAGGAUCCGAUUUGAGGAGAUUUUUCAGAAUGAUAACUAUACGGCGAUUCAACUCAAUUCGCCAGCUGAUUUGACUCCCGAUUUGUCUUCCUAUCCCUACUGCCAGUUGGCCGAAUUCACCUCUCAAUCUUAUCCUCGUACCCUUGUCUUUUCUCCCAUGGUUCCGGCAAUCUACUUAGCUAUUCAGGAUUAUAUCGAUGCCUCGGCCAAGUAUAUUGCAGCCCCGACAGCAGAUCUUGCAUGGACGGAAUUGGAAGAUGCGUUGAAUAGGGCUACCAAUGUCCUCUUCACAGAUUGUCUCGGUGGCUUACUUAACUCAACUAUUCAAGCUGCAGAGAACAAUCUAUUGAGACUCAUUCAAUUGACAAUUAAUCUGACGGAACUGGAAGGAGCGUGUGAACAACUGCAGACUUAUCUCCAUGAACAUGCAAGACCCAAGUUCUUUACAUCCACGUCAGUUGCUAUUGCUGAUGAACAAAUUGAUGACAAUGAAGUCGAUGUUCUGGCAUUAAUGGCCUCUCAACCCGACGAAGUCCAACCUUCUCGCUCUCACCUCUACGGUGUCUCCCUUUUUCGCGAUUGUCGUGCACGUGCGGAGACACAAAUUUACACCCAUCUGAACUCCAAAAUUGAGGAAUUUUGCAGCCUCGCCUCUUACGAGGGUAUCUUUGGGGGUCCAGGAGAGGGGGAAUCGAGUUUGGAUCAACUCAUUGACGCACCGGAACCAACCAAGACGAGUGAGUACAUGACGGACAUGAUGUCUUGGCUCGCUUCCACUUUCGCGGCUUUCACUCACCUCCCACCGAAAGUUGCGCAUACAGCGUGUAUCUCGGCUUGCAAGUGUAUCGUCAAGCUGUUGCAGAAGAUUCUCAUGGGAAGUGAUGUCAAGAUGGUUUCAGAGCCGGCGAUGUCGCAAAUGCUAGUUGACUUGGCGGAAUGCGAUAGGUUCGCUCGAUCUGACCCGGUCCCGGGGAUUGACAAGUCUAUCAUCAUACUUAUCUUCUCUGAAUUACGUCAACUUCUUGAACUCGUUCGCAAUAACGAUUGGACUGUCUAUUUUGCCAACUACGGAAAAAGCUCUGGUAAUCCCUAUGAUCGUGUAACACCAGUCGCGGCAAUUUCACUACUAGAAUGUCUUCGUGAGGCAGAGAAGCGACGUAGCAACACAUCUUCCUUCUUCCUUGUCGGCUCCUCUAAGCGUCCAGAACGCGAGCGUCGGAAACGCAUUGAAGACAUUUUACGCCAACUUCGGGACCUUCAAGCUGGCCCUAAGCGCUCCUAA